CUCUUGCUUGAUGUCAUUUAACCUCUAAGCAUUAUUCUCCAUUCUCUUCCCUCCUAUCACUUUCGCCUCUCCUUUUGCAUCUAGACGUUCGACAUGCUAAACGGAAGUGGAAUAAAAAUUUUCUCUGGGACUAGCCAUCCGGAACUGGCUGAGAUUAUCGCUCGUCGAAUAGGCCUCCCACUCUCAAAAGCCGAGGUCACACGGAGUGGGAUUGGAGAAACCAAUGUUCGCAUCGCUGAAUCUGUGCGGGAGAACGACGUCUACAUUAUCAAUACCGGAUGUGGUGCGGUCAAUACAGCGCUCAUGGAGCUGUGCAUAAUGAUCCAUGCUUGCAAGAUUGCGAGCGCAAAGAGAAUUACGGCCGUGCUCCCCCUGUUUCCCUAUGCACGACAGGACAAAAAGGAUAAGAGUCGGGCGCCUAUAACGGCCAAGCUGGUGGCGAAUAUGAUACAACGUGCAGGAUGCGAUCAUGUCAUUACCAUGGAUUUGCACGCCUCCCAGAUCCAAGGAUUCUUCGAUGUGCCAGUUGACAAGCUGUAUGCGGAACCUUCUGCAAUUCUGUACAUCCGGACACACUUUGAUCUGAAAGAUGUUGUUAUAGUUUCGCCGGAUGCAGGCGGUGCCAAGAGGGCGACAUCGAUAGCUGAUCGGCUAGGAGUUGACUUUGCAUUGUUUCACAAGGAGCGCAAGAAGGCCAAUGAGGUAUCCCGGAUGGUUCUUGUAGGCCAUGUGAAAGGCAAGGUCGCAAUUCUCGUCGAUGAUAUGGCCGAUACGUGUGGUACGCUGUGUCUCGCGGCCCAACAUCUCGCAGAGGCAGGAGUGAAGAAGGUAUAUGGUUUUGUAACACACGGCAUCCUGAGUGGGAACGCGCUAAAAUCCAUCGAAGAAAGCACGCUGGAGAAGCUGAUUGUGACGAAUACCCUGCCUCAAGAAGAGAACCAGCGAAAGUGCCCUAAAAUCGAGGUCAUUGACAUUGGAGUUGUGCUGGGGGAGGUCAUCCGACGGAGCCACUACGGAGAGAGCGUGUCCAAACUAUUUCACGAAGUUCCGUACUAAACUGUAGUCUAGAACAUGUUAUUUUGGACAUUUUUUCGGCAAUUUAUUUUAUGAAAUAGAUAAAUUUGCAAUUGCGGCGGUACGGCCGAUUUGGG